AUGUCAUAUGUGGCUCAACCCGGCGUGCUGCCGUGGCCCCCAUGCCCCGCGAACUGCUGCCGUCGGGCGCCGCGCUGCCGUGCAAGCGCUGCGCCGCCGGCGGACGCAGCCCCGUUGCCACGCAGGCGCCUCAAAGCAGAGCAGCCACAGCAAAAUGGCGCAGAGCACUACAGCCGCCAGCACCAUGACGGCGCGCGGCGCGGCGCAGGGCUCGGGCGCGGCCGCGGCCGCGGCCGGCCUGGGCCGGGGCAGGAGCAGGAGGGGUGGCGGCAGCAGGAGGGAUCCAGGGGCUACACGCGGCAGAGGCAGCAAGAGCAUUGGGAGGGCGAGGAGCAGGAGGGAGGGGACCGGCAGCAGGGCGACGGCCGGGGUGGCAGCGAACGGUCUGGCUGGCGCCAGGAGCAGCAGCACUCUGGUGACGAUGAGGGCGGCCGCUGGCAGCCGGACGGGCGGCAGCGAGAGCGGCGGCAGUUUGACGGAGGGCGUGCCGGCGGCCGCUUCGAUGGCGGCCGCUUCGACGGCGGCCGCUUUGGCGGCGGCCGCAGCGGUGCGGGACGGGGCCAGCAGCAACGCUGGCAGCAGGGGCGUGACGGCGCGCCCGGCGGCCGCGGGCAGCAGCAGCACCGCGGCCCACUGCGCGGCGCCGACGCCUGGGCGCCGCCCGCGCCGCCGCUGCCCCUGCCGCCGCCCGUCGCGCCGGGCGCGAUGGGCGCCAACUUCCCCUAUUACUACGGCUUCGGCCCGAGCCAGCGGUGGCAGCUGCCGACCGCCCUCUCGGUCACGUGGCUGGGAACUUCAUCGGGAACGCCGACCAAAGACCGCAACAUCAGCUGCACCCUGGUCAGGACAGCCAAGGCCAUCUUCAUGGUCGACUGCGGCGAGGGCUCCCUCGUGCAGCUGCGCAAGACGGGCAUAGAGCCCGCGUUUGUAGAGGCCAUCUUGGUCACUCAUCUGCAUGGAGACCACUGCUUCGGCCUCUCCAGCAUGAUCACGGCAGUGAGCGAGCGCCGCCGGCGCCGCGCGGACGCGGGGCGCCCGACGGGCGGCGUGCGUGUGUACGGGCCGCCGGGCGUGAGCGAGCUGCUGCGGGCGCAGAUGGUGCUGACGGGGCUGCAGCACGAGCUGGCGCUGCCGCUGCACAUCACUGAGUGGGUGGAGGACGAGAGGGACGCCCAUGGCCCCGUGGCUUUGAACGACCAGGGCACGGUGCUGCUGUCUCGCCAGGCGCCCGAGCCCGUCCGCAGCGAGGCGCCGCCUGAGCUGGCGGAGCGGCUGCGCGGCACAGGCAUAGGCCACCUGGUGGCGCAGGGGGUGCAGCGCAGCUAUGUCCAGGAUGACUACAAGGCCCAGCACGGGCUGACGUGGCGCAUCGAGUUCGAAAACAUGACCGUCACCGCCGGCCAGCUGCAGCACCGCCUGCCCUGCUGGGGCUACGCAUUCGACGAGAAGCUGCCGGGCCCGGACGACGCAGCCGGGCGGAAGCUGUACCGGCGGCUGUACCGCAACUACAUCAAGAACAUGGUGAAGGGCAAGGAGGGCAUCCUGGGGGUGACGGCGCCGGAGGCCGGCGCCGCAAAGGCGGAGCAGCCGCCGCCGGACGCCACGGCGGCAGCGGCGAGCCGCGAGGACGACGAGGACAGCGGCGACGACGAGGAAGCUGCCGCCGGCAGCGGCAGCGGCAUCGGCAACGGGGUCGCCGCCAGCAGCGGCGGCGGCGGCGCGCUGCCGCCAGUGCGGCCGCGGAGGGUGGUGAUCCUGGGGGACACGGUCGACUCGUCGGCCCUCGCGCCGGCCUGCGUCGGCGCGGAUCUCCUCAGCCACGAGGCGACGUACUCGCGCGGCAUGGAGCACAAGGCGCUCCGCGCGCAGCACUCCACUGCAUGGAUGGCCGGCCAGUUCGCGCGUGUCGUCGGCGCGCGCGCGCUCGUGCUUACGCACUUCUCGGCGCGCUAUAAGGCGCUGAGCGUGGGCGGCGGCGGCGGCGGCGGCGGCAGUGACGACGAGGAGGAGGGCGGCGGCGCGGAGGGCGGGCGCGCGCGGCGGUCGCACUGGGCACGGGGGGGCGCGGUGGAGGUCGCGGCGGACCAGGGGACGCUGCAGUCGCUGAUUCAUGAGGCGGUCGCGGAGUUUGGCAGCCCGGCGGUGUGCACCGCCAAGGACCUCUUCUCUGUCCACGUCAGCUUCAUGAGCCCCGAAAAUGAGGAGUGA